AUGUCAGAAUCCUCCCCCCUGCAUCCCCUCCUCCACGCGGGUCUGCAAUCGCAACUCCUCCUCCCGGCCGAUCCGGAAUAUGCCGCCCGGCAAGCCUCCUACUGGUCCAACAGCGCGAAGCUAACGCCCGCGGGCAUCCUGCGGCCCCGGUCGGCCGCCGACGUGUCCACCGCGUUGGACGCGCUGGUGGCCGCGGACCAGAAAUUCGCCCUCCGCAGCGGCGGCCACACGCAGUACGCCGGGGCGAACAAUAUCGGUCCCGACGGGGUCACCAUCGAUCUGGGCUUGCUGAAUUGGACGCGAUUUGAUGCCGCCACGGAGACGGUCGAGAUCGGGCCGGGAGCUCGCUGGAAGGAGGUCUACGGCGCGCUCCAAGAACAUGGCCGGGUCGUGGCGGGGGGUCGCGAUGGAAAUGUGGGCGUCGCCGGCUUGUUGCUGGGGGGUGGGAAGACGUUCUUUGCAGCCCAGCGAGGGUUCGCCUGUGAUGAUGUGGUGCGCUUCGAGGUGGUGUUACCGGGAGGUCGCAUCGUCACGGCUUCCGCAGAGCAGAAUCCAGAUCUCUUUCGCGCCCUCAAGGGGGGAUCGAAUAACUUUGGCAUCGUCACGAAUUUUACCAUGCGAGCGCUCGUCUGUGAUAGGGUGUGGGCGGGAUUGAACUUUUUCCCGAAAGAGGUGACGGCCGAUGCCACGCAGGCGUUGGUGAGGUUUACGGAUCGUGUGCAUGAGGAUCCGGAUAGUCAUCUGCUCUUCUUCCUCACAUACCUGGGUGCACUAACCCACCAGCCCGCAUUCCACGACAUUGUCGUCGUCGCCGCAUACGUGCAACUCGCCGGGAUCCCCAAGGCACGCGCCUACCAGGACUUUCUCGCCCUGCCAUCCAUCAUGGACACCACGAAGCUAACCACCAUUCCCGACGUGGUAUCCGAAUAUGACAUUGCCCCUCCAGACUACUACAACACCUUCUUCACCGCGACCCUGAAAAACAACCCCCUCAUCGUCACCAAAGCCGCGGAACUGCACAGCACGCUCGUCACCACCCUCCGCACCCUCAUCCCCACCAACGACUUCAUCACACAAUGUCUCCUCCAGCCCCUCCCCACCCUAUUCGGCCACCUCUCCACCCACUCGGGCGACAACAUCAUGGGCGUGUCCGCGCAGCCCGUCAACGGCCUCCUCUUCGUCGCCGUCGUCAUGGUGCGUACCCCGGAGCUGGAAGCCAUCGUGUAUCCGAUGGUUCGGGAGUGGGUGGACACGGUGAAGUCGUAUGCGGCCACCCUGGACGGGAAUCUGGAUUGGGUGUAUUUGAAUUAUGCGGAUGGGAGUCAGAAGGUGCUGGAGGGGUAUGGGGCGGAGAAUGUGAGGCGUAUGCGGGAGGUCGCGGGGAAGUAUGAUCCGGGCCGGGUGUUUCAGAGGUUGUGUCGGGGGGGGUUUAAGAUUGGGGAUGUAGAUAUGGAAUAG